AAGCCCUUCUUCUUGCUCGUUAUCCUGAAGGGAAAACCUUGGUGCCCAGCCAGCCAGCCUAACCAUGGAACACAGAGGCUAGCUCCCCAGCACCUGACUCCAGAUAACUCUACCCUCUCCGCUUCUUGAACCCCUCGUUGUAGCUUCCUCGUCCUCUUCCAACCCGAAGCCGCGGUCAGCACCAACCGCCGCGUCGGGCCAAGAACCAUGGCGUCCUGCUCCCGCCCUUGGCUCUUCCCAGGCAUGUCGCCGCCGCCGGCUGCCUCCUCCGCCGGGCCGGUUCCUCUCUUCUGCAAGUAUUCAAUGGUGUUUGCUAGUUUGCCUCAGCGGAGAAAAGCAGGGUCGGUCAGAACGCGGAGAGGCAGGAUCAGGUCUGUCAAGGAUGACUCUAUCCAUUUAGAUCCCUCCAAGAUUGAAGCGCCACCGUACUCCAGUUACUUAGACUCCACGUCCGGUCAGCUCGAGCCGGCGUCCGGUGCCCGGGCAAGCAUACCUGGGGAGGAGUACUGGCCGGAGGGCACUGCAGCUCGCGUGCGUGCUGCCCGUGCACCUGCACCGGUUGGGGAGUCGUCCGGGACUCCGUCUCUUGGCAAGAAGCCCGGGAGUAGGAGGAAAGGGUACAAGGGGCAGGUAGGAUCGGCAUCAGCAGCGGAUGGCGAUGGCGAUGGCGAGUUCAUUGUGGCCACUGAGGUUCCGUUAGAUGAUACGUUGGAGGAAACAAAGGAUUCACUGGAUGAAUAUGUCACUUACGAGGCGCCCAAGGAAGAGACUCUGAGCGAGUAUGAGAUGGACAAGAUGAUGGGGCGGCCGCACCCUUUUGUCGAUCCAGCAAAGGCGAUGUUGGCAGAGGAACCGAAAUCGAGCGAAGAGCUCUGGUGGAAUUGGAGGAGGAAGUCUGAGACAGAAAUGUGGUCACGAUGGCAGAGGAGGCGUCCAGAUGUUGACACGGUCUUUGCAAAGGCAAUGGCCGAAACUGGUCAGAUUAAAAUAUUUGGAGACCACCCUACAAGAACAGAAGCUGCUCUUGCCAAGACAAGAAGGCAUUUACACAAAGAGGAAAGGUUAGAAGCAGAGCAAAAGAGACUAGAAGAAAUAGGACCAAUAGCAUACUAUUCUGAGUGGGUCGAAGCAUAUAAACAAAAGGACACAUCAUGGGAAGCCAUACAGAAGCACUAUGAAGAGACUGGCGAAGAUGAGACUACUCAACUGAUAACAAUGUUUCAACACCAAACUGCCGGUGAAUUUCGCACUAUGAUGGGCACUGAUGUUCGUAUACAACGAGAUCCUUUGGCAAUGAGGAUGCGUGAAGACCAAAUUAAACAGAUUUGGGGUGGUGAUCCUGUUUACCCAACUGUGAACUAUGUUCAGGAUCCUGAUGUAGUGAUUGACUACAGGGGUCCGGAAUUUCAUGAGCCUACCCCUGAGGUUAUACCUUAUUUGAUGGAGCAUGGGAUAAUGAUCACGAAGGAAGAAAUGGAUGCACGUUUGAGUGAAGAGCAGGAUGAAAUCAAUCAAGACAUCAUGUACAUUCCUGAAGUCAAAGAUCCCAUGGCUACCGCUGUUGAUAUUGGAGAGCAUUCUUACAAUGAAGAUAGUGAUGAUGAGGAGGAGGUUGACAAAGCUGCAGCACAGCCUGGGUCGCUAGAGGAUGAGGAAGAUGGCGGGGAUGAGGCUGAGGAAGUUGAAGGUAAAGCGACUCAGAACUGGAGCGUUUUAAAAACUACUGGACAGGAUGAAAAACCAAAGGAAAAGUUAAAGAAAGAUCAGCUGUCACUUAAAGAUGCUAUUAAUGAUUCUGAGAACCUCACUGAUUUCCUUAUGGACUUUGAAGAAGAUGAGUAAAUACUGCAGGCGUUUAUUUUCGUCGUGCGCAUGACACAAGUGCACAAUCAUAUACAUUUGGAGGACUUACUUCCGGAGGCCCAUAGCCGCUAGGGGCGAUGAAGACAACUGGAUGCCCACAAAACUCCACCUGUUCAACCGGGCCAGUCAUGUUGGAGAAGGAUAUGGUAGUGUGGGAGAUCAUACGAUGGAAGAUAGCUGCAGCUGCCUGUUUGUUUGUUUGAGUCAGAUGUUGCAAUGCUGUUAGAAACAAGAACCCAAAUAGCUGAAACGUCGACAGUGCAAUGCUCUCUAUAGAUUAGACAGCAGCAAAGCUGACGGCACUGCUGUUGCACUCUAGGAUUAGCCAGCCAACAUUUCUCUUGGAUAGCUAGCUGCUUGCAUGUUACCGAUUGUACCGAGACAGCAUAAAGGACCAAAUAUAUGUACCUUGAGUCCGAAAACUUUGAGUAUCA